UUUGAAUAAAGCUUCUUUCUGCUCUCCUACACAGGCAGGAGCCAGAGGCCCCCACAGUCACUGGCACCGGGAGCUUGCAGAGCAUCAACGGUAAAGAUGACCUCGCUGCUUCUGCUGUGUACGUCUUUGCCCUUCAUCUUGGCAACAGCAUCAUUUCAACACCAGGAUGACAAGGACGGCACGUUGCGUGUCAGCAUCCCACUGGAGAUGCCACUCCGCCCCCUGCUGGGCGGCAAGGUAGUGGUGCCCUGCUACUUCCAGGACAACACCGUCAGCGACCCCGGUGCCCCGACGAUUGCCCCACUCUCUCACCGCAUCAAAUGGACCUUUGUCAUCAAGGAGAAAGUCAGCACCAUCUUGGUGGCAUCGGAGGGCAAAGUUCACGUGGAGACGGAGUAUCUGGACAGGGUCACGAUGGUCAACUACCCGCUAGUGCCCACUGAUGCCAGCCUGGAGGUAACAGAGCUGAGGUCCAAAGACUCAGGCACCUACCGCUGCGAGGUGAUGCAAGGGAUCCAGGACAACUAUGACACGGUGGACAUCCAGGUUCAGGGUAUUGUGUUUCACUACCGCGCCAUCACCACCCGGUACACUCUCACCUUUGAGAAAGCCAAGGCUGCUUGUAUCCAAAAUAGCGCCAUCAUUGCCACCCCAGCCCAACUGCAGGCGGCCUACGAUGAUGGAUACCACCAGUGUGAUGCCGGAUGGCUGUCUGAUCAGACUGUCAGAUACCCCAUCCAUGAGCCUCGGGAGGAAUGCUACGGAGACAAGGAAAACUUCCCCGGCGUGAGAACUUAUGGUGUGAGAGACGUCAAUGAGACUUAUGAUGUCUACUGUUUCGCAGAAAAGAUGGCAGGCAGAGUCUUCUACUCGAUGUCAGUAGAGAAGUUCACGUUCUAUGAAGCCGGCGACCAGUGCACCAAGCUGGGCGCCAGGCUUGCCACCACCGGAGAGCUUUAUCUGGCCUGGAAGGGCGGCAUGGAUGUGUGCAACGCCGGUUGGCUGGGUGACAGGAGUGUACGCUACCCCAUUAACAUUGCCAGGCCUCAGUGUGGAGGGGGGCUUCUGGGAGUCAGAACAGUGUACCUGUUCCCCAACCAAACAGGAUACCCCUUCCUGGAUUCUCGUUACGAUGCUAUCUGCUUCCAAGGUAGUGACGACGAAGGUGCAGUUCCUGGAAGAACCACUCCUUUCCCAGACAUCAUCAGCAUAACCCCAGCCACUAGACUUUAUCCAGGCAUCACACCCAUGCCUGGGGGUCAGGAAAUAAAGCAUGGAGGUGUGGACAUUCUCACCCCACAGCCUGUCGCUCCUCCAUUCACAGACGCUGCCAUGGCGCCGACUGGUGUUGUGUUCCACUACCGACCAAUUACUGGUCGGUAUACUUUGACCUUUCUCGAGGCCCAGCAAGCCUGCAAGAGCAUUGGGGCAGUCAUUGCCAGCCCCCAGCAGCUGCAGGCAGCCUUUGAGAAAGGCCUGCACCAGUGUGACGCUGGAUGGCUCGGUGACCAGACUGUCAGGUAUCCCAUCGUAUCACCACGAGAUAACUGUGCCGGUAACCUUCUGCACCUUCCGGGAGUCAGAUCAUACGGCCUGAGGCCAGACUCCGAGCGCUACGAUGUGUUUUGUUAUGUGGAACGUCUCCAAGGUGAGGUCUUCUUCACCAGCGACUAUGACAGCUUCUCCUAUGAGGAAGCCGUGCAGCACUGUGAGAACCUCAACACCACACUGGCCACGACUGGACAGCUGUUUGCCGCCUGGAACCAAGGCCUUGAUAAGUGCCGUCCAGGCUGGCUGAUGGACCGCAGCGUCCGCUAUCCCAUCACAACCGCUAGAUCUCACUGCGGGGGCGGGCAGGUGGGCGUGCACAUCAUCUACGCUUUCCCCAAUCAGACAGGCUUUCCUGAUGAGCAUUCACGCUAUGAUGCCUACUGUUUCAAAGCUGAAAAACCAUUGGUUGACACUGAUAAUGAGACCAUUUAUGACUUGUUACUGACGACGGAUGUUAUCAACAAGACAACAGUUGCAGUUGAUCACUCCACUCCUACUAUCAAACCUACCGGUGACUACAAUGACACCGAAACAAGUCUAAAUGUUACUGACAUAGAAGAGAUUAUUCAGAAGACAAACACCACAACACAACUAACUGCUCCUACUGUUCCUGUUGAUGGUUCUGGCUUUGGUUCUGGCCUCGGAUCAGGCGAUCAUUCAGCCAGUGGUGAUCUCUCAGGGGAGUCCAGCACCACCAGCGGGAGCGGAGCCUCCGGUUCAGGAGUGGACAUCACUUUCAGUGGGCACACGGACAUCGUGUCAGGAGAUCAUUCUGCUUCUGGUGAUCCACAUGAAGCAGAGGGUGGAAGUGCAAUUAUCUUCACCUCAGGAGAACAGUCCAGUGCAUCAGGAUCUGGAUCUGGCUUUGUUACAUUGGGAUCUGGAUCUGGCUUUGUUGCAUCAGGAUCUGGAUCUGGCUUCAUUGCAUCAGGAGCUGGAUCUGGCUUUGUUGCAUCAGGAGCUGGAUCUGGCUUCAUCGCAUCAGGAUCAGGUUCAGCCAGUGGCAGUGGAGACAUGAGCGGCAGUGGCGGUGACAUACUGAUCAACAUACUGGAUGGAAAAGAGGAAGAGCUGUUGAACCCAACUCUCACUGAGCAAGAGUUGGGAAGCGGUAUCUUGUGGACUUUGGGAAUGUCUGGAUCGGGAAGUAUGUCUGGAUCGGGAAGUCUGUCUGGAUCAGGAGACAUUUAUGGGUCCGCUGAUAUGUAUGGAUCAGGAGCUAUGUCUGGAUCAGGAGGGAUGUCCGGAUCAGGAGCAAUGUCCGGAUCAGGAGGCAUGUCCGGAUCAGGAGGCAUGUCCGGGUCAGACAUCAGUGGAUUCCCUAGUAUCUCCUUUAUAGACAGCAGUGCCAUUGACCAAACAGUCCUGCCUUCAGGAGAGCAGGAGUUGUCUGGAUAUCAUCCCUUUGCAUCAGGCUUCCCCAGUGGCUUUCCAAGUGGUUUUCCAUCUAGUGCUUCCGGCAGCGGUUCUGCCUCUGGCCAACCUUUUCAGACGGAUGGUGACAUAAUCUUUUUAACAGAAGAUGGGAUAAAGGAGGUUACUAUUGCUCCAUCGGAACACCAUCAAGAAGAAGGACGGGGUGUAGUAGAAAUAAGUGGCCACGGAAGUGGUUCUGGAAUCCACAUUGAUAGCUCAGGCAGUGAGAUACCGUCAACUGCUGGACUUUCCAUAGCUCUCCCUCCUGGAUCUACCAUGACCUACCCAGACUACACUGGUCAAUCAGGGCAUGGUGCAGAGGCUGAGGAGACAAGAAUCAUCAUUGUAACCCCAGAUCCUACUAACAUCAGUCCAACAACGGUUCCAUCAGUUUCACUGGCAACCCCUGCUGUGGUGGAACAGCCAGAAGUUGAAGAGGCUGUGCAUGGUUGUCCCGAGGGCUGGUUGGAAUUCAUGGGAAGCUGUUACCUCCACUUCGCGGACAGGCACACCUGGUCGGAAGCUGAGCAGCGUUGCCAGGAGCUCAAUGCCCACCUGGUCAGCGUGACAUCUGAGGAGGAGCAGAAGUUUCUCAACUCCAAAGGUCAGGACUACGAGUGGAUCGGUCUCAACGACAAAGACGUUCAGAAUGAGUUCCACUGGACAGACGGCAGUCCUCUGACGUACGAGAACUGGAGGCCCAACCAACCUGAUAACUACUUUAACUCCGGCGAGGACUGCGUGGUAAUGAUCGGACACGAGGAAGGCCAAUGGAAUGACGUGCCCUGCAACUACUACCUUCCCUUCUCCUGCAAGACUCAGCCUGUGAGCUGCGGAGCGCCACCUGAGGUGGAGCACGGCGCACCGAUGGGCGUCACGCGAGAACGCUACCCCGUCAACUCCAAAGUGCGCUACCAGUGUCAGGCGGGCUACACGCAGCGCCACCUGCCUGUCAUACGCUGCACGGAGAGCGGGGAGUGGGAGAAGCCACAAGUCAAAUGUACAGAAAGUGGCGCCAACAGCAACAGGCUACACAAAAGGUCCGUGAGGAGCAGCAAAAGUAAAGCAGUGAGCAGGCGACAGCAGCACAGGAAGACGCUCUGAGUGGGACUGUAAAGCACAAAUGAGAGUCAUAAAAAGGACCCCUGAAUGGACACCAAUGCUAAUGCCCGACCAAAAAUGAUAGCAUCUCCCCGUCCCUUUUCCUCCACUGUAAAUACAAACAGGAAAGCACAUUUAGAUGUUAUUUAUAGAGUCUAAUUUAUAGAUGUGAUCCAUGCACAAGUACUACAAGAGAAAUAGGAUUUAUUUUUAAAAAAAGCAAGCAGCCAAUAUGGAAGUGUUAUUGAAAGCAGGUGAAUCCUUGAAUCGUGUGAGCCUACUUUAUUUCUAGAUCUGUGUUUGUGUUUGUUCUCUAGUGACGACUGUGAUUCUCGAUUUCAGUUCUCUCAUCUCGUACAGGUUUUUAUUACAUAAUAAUAAUAAGACGCUUGUUUUUCAUUCCACUGCUUUUGUGAGUACAAAUUAGUAUUCCUUUUGAACAAACGACUCUAAAGUAGACACUGAAAAGAGUUUACAAGUUUGCGUGUAGCGUUACGUUCACUGACGACUCAUAACGUGUUUUCAACAUUAAAAAAUGUUCUUUGAUGUUUACAAAAACAUGAAGGUCAAGUUAUGUAGGUCAAGACUCAAAGUUUCUUUCACAUUUACAAAAGGAUUCGUCACUGUUUACCAAAAAAUGUACCCUUCUUUAACACGAAAUUUUCAUUUCAUGUCUAGGAAAACGUUAUAUUCGUUGAAGACUCGAAAUUGACUUCACUGUUUCCGUAUGUUAGGUUAAUCAAAACUCGAAAUUGUGUUUGAUGUUCCCAAAAAUGUACUUUAGGUUCGUCAAAGACUCAAAAUUGUUUUCUAUGUUUACCAAAACAUGUACAUUAAGCUUCUGUGACACCGACGUACGUUCGGUUGUUUGAAAGCUCUAAAUUGUCGUCAAUGUUUACCAAAAGAUGUACCCUUUGUUAACACCCAAUUUUAUAUGAUGUUUAGAAAACCCGUACGUUGCAUUCAUUGAAGACUCUAAAUUGACUUCACUGUUUUUGUACGUUACCGUCAUCGAAAACUUUAAAUAGUGUUAGGUGUUCCCAAAAAUGUUCAUCAAAGACUCAAAAUUGUCUUUGACAUUUCGGAAUAAACGUACGUUAGUUUAACUGAAGACUCAAAAUUGUCUUCAGUGUUGAUGUACGUUGGUUCAUUGAACACUCAAAAUUGUGUUCAAAUUUUCCAAAAACUUAAUUUAGGUUCAUCAAAGACUCAAAAUAGUCUUUGAUGUUUCUGAUUAAGCAUACGUUAGUACGCUCUCUGAAUUGUCUUCAUUGUCAAAAAUUGUCUUUGAUGUUUCCAAAAACACAUACAUUUGUUUAGUGUCAACACUCAAAAUUGUGUCAACACUCAAGUUGUUUACGUAAGGACAUGUUUGGUUCUUUGCUUUGUCACGGGAGUUUUGUUGACAACUUGAGUGUUGACAUAUGAUUGAAGACUCCACUCUCAUGUAGUCCGGGAUCAUGUUUGAGUACUAAAAUAUGCAACUCAACAAACUCUUAAGGGCACACACACUGCAAUAAUAAGUCUAUUUAUCUGCGUUAGUCUGUGAAUGAAUAAAUAUAUACGUUAAAAUAGUUACUGUUAGCUGAGACCCAUCGCUGGCUUCACGCAUGGGGCUCUCUGUAAAUAUUUGACACUACAAACGUGUGUGAACAGCAGGAUCUGUCAGUAACUUACAGCAAGCAUGCCGUUUAUUUAACCCUGAAUCAUCCUGAGUAGUUUAGUUGAACAAAGUAGAGCAAAAAAAAUGAUGUUUUUAGUCGACAAAGCCAGUUACGGGGUGGGGGUCCAUGCUAUUGGAUGAAUUUGAGAGAGAAGUGGUCAACAGUGUUGGUUUUUGGUGUUUUAAAUGUGUCCCUAUUUCCAUAAGACAGCAAAAAUAUCAGGCCCGACGUAACCACACACACACACACUUAUACACACAGCCCAAAGCAGGCAAAAUAUUGUAAAUGUAAACAGAUAAAAUGAUAACGUGAACUUUUGCUUGGUUGAUGUUGUCACAGUGUAAAGUAGCUCAGUAAAAAUGUAUUUAAAGCGUUUUAUCGAGGGAAGAAACAGAACGUGAAGUUGUAUGAGACUUUAAGGAAAUACAUCGAGUAAAAUCACAAAAACAAAAAUAACACAAGCACAAUAAAACACAGGUGAUAAAAAUUAAAUGCGAGGAGAAACUGUCGUUUCUGUUUCCAUCCAUGACCCUGACGUGAGCCAACAGUGUGCUGUACUGUGCUGCACCAAAUAAA